AUAUCUAAGCAAAAGAUGUUAAAAUUUUUUUUACGAUGUUGCUACGAACUUCAAGACGUCGAGGCCUUGACACUGAUUUUUAACUACCACAUUAUUGCUUUGUGUUCUGUUGUAGGGAGUAGUUCCAUAAAUGCAAGUUUGGUGAAUACAACACCAGCCCUAAUACCUGGUAUCAACGUCAGUUCAGAAGCAUCAAGCUCAACAAGUUCCAGCGGCAGUAUCACAACAUCAUUUCCCGGAUCCAACCUUACCAGUGCUGCCAACAAUGUCACAUUUCCAGUGACCUCUUUGACCACCAGUGACCAGAUCAGACUGGUGAAUGGAGAUGACCCAUGCUCUGGCAGAGUGGAGAUCUACCAUGAUGGUCAGUGGGGAACGGUGUGUGAUGACAUCUGGGACCUAGACAACGCUGAGGUGGUGUGUAGACAGGUGGGCUGUGGCAGAGCUGUGGCUGCUCAAAGCUCUGCCCACUUUGGAGAGGGCAGCGGGCCCAUCUGGUUGGAUGAUGUGAGGUGUUCAGGAAGUGAAUCUGCCCUGACACAGUGCCAGCACCCUGGGUUUGGGUCACACAACUGUGGUCACAAUGAAGAUGCUGGCGUGGUUUGCUCAGCCAGUGACCAGAUCAGACUGGUGAAUGGAGAUGACCCAUGCUCUGGCAGAGUGGAGAUCUACCAUGAUGGCCAGUGGGGAACAGUGUGUGAUGAAUUCUGGGACAUGAACAACGCUGAGGUGGUGUGUAGACAGGUGGGCUGUGGCAGAGCUGUGGCUGCUCAAAGCAGUGCCCAAUUUGGCCAGGGCAGUGGGCCCAUCUGGUUGGAUGAUGUGAGAUGCUCUGGAAACGAAUCUGCCCUGACACAGUGCCAGCACCCUGGGUUUGGGUCACACAACUGUAGUCAGCAUGAAGAUGCUCAUGUGGUUUGCUCAGCGAUCAGACUGGAGAAUGGAGAUGAUGAGUGCUCUGGCAGAGUGGAGAUCUACCAUGAUGGUCAGUGGGGAACGGUGUGUGAUGACAUCUGGGACCUAGACAACGCUGAGGUGGUGUGUAGACAGUUGGGCUGUGGCAGAGCUGUGGCUGCUCAAAGCUUUGCCCACUUUGGACAGGGCAGCGGGCCCAUCUGGUUGGAUGAUGUGAGGUGUUCAGGAAGUGAAUCUGCCCUGACACAGUGCCAGCACCCUGGGUUUGGGUCACACAACUGUGGUCACAAUGAAGAUGCUGGCGUGGUUUGCUCAGGUAGGAAAUCUUCAGUUUGUUUUUUAAUUGCCUCAAAUGGACUGUUACAAAGAUGAACAUGAGAACAUAUG